GUAACGCAAUUCACCGGGCCCCGCCUAUACAGAUGACGUCAGAACAUAAACAAACCCGUCACGUUUUUAGAGAAAACCGGAAGUAGCGGAAGUCGUCGUUGUGAAAACUACAGAGCAGCAAGAGAAGCAACAACAACAACACUUGCCGUGAAUCCUCGCUUUUUCACCCAGUCUGACAGAUAUGUUAGUGACGUCGUAAGGGAUUUGACGUAGAAGCGCGAACGGUCUUUUCCUGUUUACUUCUAACAGGUUUAAAUGUAGCUCAGUGUAUCUUAGCCGAGCUUACCUCCUCCAUGGCAGCCUCAGCGGGGCUCAGGGUUCCCGUGUCCGGCAGCAGGCCUCCUAUUCGGCCUCACUCCUCAUCUUCGGGUUGUGUCAUGCUGGAGUCCGUAGAUGACGCCGAGGGGCUUUACGUGGCCGUGGAGCGGUGUCCGCUGUGCAGCACGUCCCGCCGCAGACUCACCUGCGCCCGUUGUAUAAAGGCCGGAGACUUCGCCUACUACGACGGCAGGAGCACGGAGAGGUACACAGAAAAGCUGGAACGACUGACGAGGCUGAAGGAGGAGAAGGAAGAUCUGCAACAGAGUGUUGUCCAGGCCAUGGACAGAAAGCUGCAGGCUGACCAGAUGAAGUGGAAGUUGAUGUCCUGUCAGGUGAGAAUCCAGCAGCUGAAGGAGGCAGUGGCCUGGGCCAAUGAGGAGUUGAAGAAUGAUAAGGACCUUCUUCUGCGCUCUCAAGAGGAGAGCCAGAAGCUGCAACGCCGUGCUGGACGCCACCAGGAGAAGCGGGACAAGAUUGAGCGACACAACCGUAAACUGGGGGAGCUGCUGGAGCGGCGGGGCAAAGAACUGCAGAGUCGACUGAGUCAGUUGGCUGAUCUAAGACGUGAACACAUCCAGGAGCUCAGCAGCCACAUAUUUUCUUUGAGAGAAGAGAAGCAGGGCAGCAGAGAUCCUGCAGAUAUGGUGGCUGAAUCUGACUCAGCACUGACCUCCAGCACGGUCAGUGAACUGGCUGAGGCUCGCAGAACCACCUACCUGUCAGGUCGCUGGAUCUGGGACGACCAGAAUGGUGAGACCAGCAUCAGCAUCACGGGAGCCCCUGUCUCGCUGCCCAGCAAUGGUGACUGCUCUGCCUACUACACCUGGGUGGAGGAGAAGAGCACCAACCAGGGUCCAGAACUGGACCACAUUAAUCCUGCUCAUACCAUCAGCGCUGCACUUUGCUACACCACACAGCUCACAAACAUUCUUUCCCACAUCCUGGACGUGAACCUGCCCAAGAAGCUGUGUAACAGUGAGUUCUGUGGCGAAAACCUGAGCAGAUAUCGUUUCACCAGAGCACUGAACAAACUCAACACCAAUGUCCUUCAUCUGUGCUUCUCACAGCAUGUUGACAGUGAGAAUCUUCAUCCUCAUCACACUUUGAGAAAUAUCAUGUUCCUAGUUUCCCCUGAAAACCACAAUCUUGGCAGAACUGGGCCAUUUGAGGUCAGUGCUGACCUCGAGGAGUCUAUGGAAUUUGUGGAGCCAGAGGAGGCUGGGCCAGCGGAAGAAAGUGGGGAUGAGGAAGUGACAGAUGAGGAGACAGACCUGGGGACAGACUGGGAGACGGUGCCUAGUCCACGCUUCUGUGAUAUCCCAUCUCAGCCAAAUGAUCUCGCUCAGAGUUCUCUACAGGUGUCACAGCCAUCUGCUGCAUCUGGAGGGAUGUUUACCUCAGCUGCUGCUUCAGUCACUUCCUGGUUCAGAGCGUACACUGGUCAGCGCUGAGGUCAGAGACCUGGUUGUGGUCUGACAAUGGAGUAACAUGAACUUUUUAAACCAGCACAAGUUUUUAUUAAAACAGUGUUCCUAUGAAAAGAGAAAAUGAUGUCAAAAACUGUUAUGAUGAUUAUGAGAGACAGACAUCUUCUGAAAAAAUGUAAAAAAAAAAGGUUUUUUUAGACAGAUGUAAAUAAAAACCAUGCAAAGGUG